AUGUCGAUGAACCGCCUAGCACGAGCUGGCCUCAGGGCCCAUAAUAAAAACUUGAUCUCACCCUACAGCAACAGCAGAGCUGUCAACUUGGGCUCCAGCGGUGUACACUGUGCGGCGCCGGCCAUCGCAAGUAUAUACAGGCCCAAUGCCCUCCAGAAAACCCAGAGCCCGCGGUCUUCAGGCCUACUAUCCUCUCAAAAGUCAUUCUUCACCACAUCAUCACAAUCCUCCUCAGCCACUGCCGCUGCCACUGCCGACAUGGGUUCCAAAGCUGCUCCCGCGCCCCUGAGGCUCAGCAACAAGAGCCUUGCCCAGAUCCAGGGCUUUGGGAGCGAGGGCCACCAGGCGUCGGUCAUCCCGACAUACAGCCGCGAGGGCCUCAAGGAGGGUAUCGUGCACAUCGGCGUCGGUGGCUUCCACCGGGCGCAUCUGGCCGUGUACGUGGACAACCUGCUGGGCAAGAACGUCAACGACGCGCGAGAGUGGGCCAUCUGCGGCGUGGGUCUGAAGCCCUUUGACGCAGGCAUGCGCGACGCCCUGGUGCCUCAGGACGGGCUGUACACCACCAUUGAGCGGUCGGCCGAAGGCAGCCAGGCGCGCGUCAUUGGCAGCAUCAACUCAUUCCUGUAUGCGCCCGACAACGUGGACGCCGUCAUCGCCAAGAUGGCAAACCCGGAGACCCGCAUCGUGUCCAUGACCAUCACCGAGAGCGGCUACUACUACAACGAGAACACGCACGAGCUGCAGGUCGAGGACCCGGACAUUGUCGAAGACCUGAAAAGCGACCUCGGUGCGCCUCGCACCACCUAUGGCUUCCUGUUCGCCGCGCUGGCCCGCCGUCACGCCGCCGGCCUCAAGCCCUUCACCGUGUUGUCGUGCGACAACAUGCAGAAGAACGGCACCAUCACGCGCAGCAUGCUGCUGUCGUUCGCGCGGCUGCGCGACCCCAAGAUCGCCGACUGGAUCGCCGAGCACGGCGCGUUCCCCAACAGCAUGGUGGACCGCAUCACGCCGCGCACGUCGGACACCGACAAGACGGACCUGGCGGCCAACUUCGGCAUCGAGGACGCCUGGCCGGUUGUGACGGAGCCGUUCAUGCAGUGGGUGGUGGAGGACACGUUCGCCAACGGGCGGCCGGCGUUCGAGCAGGUAGGCGUGCAGGUGGUCAAGAACGUGCACGAGGUUGAGAAGUUUGAGUGCCACAAGCUGCGGCUGCUCAACGCCAGCCACACGGCCAUGGCCUACAUUGCCUACCUGUCCGGGUUCGAGUACGUGCACAACGUGAUCGAGCACCCGCUGUUCAACAAGUUCCUCUACAAGAUGAUGCACGAGGAGGUGCGGCCCUUGCUGCCCGAGAUCGAGGGCGUCAGCAUCGACGCCUACAUCGACAUGCUGAUGCACCGCUUCUCGAACCCGACCAUCAUGGACCAGAUCACGCGGCUGACGCUCAACGGCUCCGGCAAGCUGCCGCAGUUCAUCAUGCCGUCCAUCGCCGAGCAGAUCUGGGACUCGCGCGAGCACAACUUCCGCCGCCUGACCCUCGCCGUCGCCAGCUGGUUCCGCUACCUCGACGGCGUCGACGAGCAGGGCCGCCCGAUCCACGUCGACGACCCCAUGGCCGAGCGCCUGCAGGCCCUCGCCCGCGAGGGCGGCACCUCGCCCGCGCCCCUGCUCGGAGUCAAGAACCUGUUCGGUGACGACUUGCGCGGCGACAAGCUCUUCGUCGAGGAGCUGGGCCGGGCCCUCGAGAGUCUCCACAAGGAGGGCGCCAUGGCCACGCUGGCCAAGUACGUCGACUAA